UCUCGAUUCCGGUCGAAUAGAAAUUUUGUAACGAUACCUCGAUUGCGCAACCUUGAUUUUGAAACGUGGUUUUUCAAGCGUCAAAAGUGUUCCAUUCACGAAAUUUUUCGAGAAAGUUCACCCAAGACGAUUCUAGAUCUCGCGAUGUGGCAUCCAGAUAGCAAGCAUUACUUGGAUCUAGUUUGACCUUUCUCGUUUUAUUAACCACGUCAGCUCAAGUAUGCCCCAUCAUCUCAGCAACGCUUCGACUCUCAUAAAGAAACGGAUAGAGCGCAUACCUUCGGGAUCCUCCCAGAUGAGCAACGAACCUAGAAAUUAUGCAAACUGAUCGGUUGCACAGUUCUGAAUCCGGUUGAACAUUGCCUUCCGAAUUGCGUUCGCGGCACUGUACAGAUUUCGUUCGACGUUUGACCUUAUCUCUGUUACCAGGAAAAAUUACGCGGUGCUAUCCACGUUUCAGUUUCACGUCAAAGUGAAAAAGUCGUUUCGUUCCAUCUAGCAUAAGAAGUUCUCCACGAAGCACGUAGUUCAUUAGUUCGUCGUAAUAGCUACCCGUUCAACAAUAUUAUAAAGUCUGAUGUACAAAUUGAUACAACACUUCCUUUCUCCUACGGUAGCUUCUGCACUUUUCAACCCAUGUCACAACAACAAUGUUAGCAUGGGAAUUGGCUGUCAUUAUUAGUCAUCGCUCGGAGGCGAUAAUGUUGCGUUUAAAUUAAAUUACAGUCUUGUUUCUUGCACGAAAUAUUCAAAAUUAGAAAAGGUCAACGUUGAAUGAUACAUACCUCUAGGUACGAAAUUAAAUCGAUAUCGAUAAGUCUUCACACUUCCAAAAAAGGUUAGCAACUUUGUGCUGAAACGAUCAAGUGAAGAAAUUUAUAUAUUUUGAAACGUUUUUAGUCAAUCUUAUCGUAUAGGAUUAGUUGAAAUCAGGUACUGUGCGAAUACCUUGACGCCCACUGUAUAUGCAUUCCUUAAUAUCAUUUCAUACGUCUUACAGAUUAUGAAUAGCAACCACUAUUUGACUGGGAACUACAAAAAUGAAGCGUCCCACCUAGGAAGAAGUGCUCUGAACAGCUUACGAUGCCGUUACGUUUCCAUUUCAAAUGUAUACGAAUUACUACAGGGUGUGAAGAUUUAAAAAAAAAUAUUUAAAAAAACUCGAAUAAAAUAAUUAGUCAACGGCACUUUCGUUUGUCACCGUUAUUCAGAACUAUAGGAUAUAUUAAAAACAUUCUUUAUUAGCUAUUUUAUCGAUCUACUUGUAACAGAUCGUAACUGAAGUUGUAACACAUGGUGGAAGAGUGUAUUACGCGUGUUUCAGUGGAAUCGACUCAUGAUAGAACUAAUUGCUACCGACUUGCUUGUCGUCGGAUGAUACAUGCACCAAUGCCAAUAUAUUAAUGUUACAAUGUAAGGUUCCUCGUGAACAGGGUUGAGGUGGGGCAACGAUACGAGGGCGACCAGGUGUUCUGAAGAGAGUGGCUAAAUGCAUGAACAAGGAGAACGGAAAGGGAAAAUCUUGUUGCGCCUCUUCAUAUAAAUGCCGGCAGUACUUGCACAUGGUAUUGCGGAUUCGGUCUUCUCCAAAUCGACAUCACGACACAGAAACGGUCAUCAUGCAGCAUUUAUUUCUCGUGUUUGCUUUGUUCUGCUGCGCUGCAGGACAAUUCGGAUCGUAUCGAGGUUUCCCGAAUCAAAAUGCGUACAGGCCCACGCCCGCACCGGCUUAUCAGCAGCCCCAAUACACUCCACAAUACAAUUCUCCUGGCAGGUUUAUAGCUAUUCGUAGCCAACAGAAAGACACUUAUCCGGAUGGAACCUAUACUUUUAGCUACGAUACCGACAAUGGAAUCUCGGUCUCCGAAAGUGGCCGUCCUCAAGGUACUGGACAGGGCCAAGCCGAGGUCGUCCAAGGCAGAUUCUCGUACAACGCGCCAGAUGGUACUCCUAUAACCGUGGAAUACACGGCCGACGAAAAUGGUUUUCAUCCUCAAGGUGCUCACCUGCCAACUCCACCGCCAAUUCCAGAGGCUAUCAGAAGAGCCCUUGCCGCCAAUCCGCCAGGACCCGAUGACGAUUACAGACAACCGUACAAUUCCAACCCUUACCGAAGAUAUUAGGCGAAAUCUACCGACCAAAUGAUCGCUAAAACAAUCCGAGACUCGAAUCGUUAUUGCCUUGUAACCCGCCGCGAUGUUUGUACAAUGUACAUACAACGGGGAAUAACAGAGACGUCAAUUUUCACUGUGUAACAGUCAUUAUACGAUAAU